AGGUUGCCCUUUUCACUCAGCAUUCUUCCCAGAGGAAUGAGUAUAGAGUGGUCUAUGGGGAGAAAGGAGGAAUGCCGAGCUGCAAGUCAAUCUCAAACUCCAACUGUGCUUCCAACCACUGGCCAAGAUGACAGUCGCCAGACACGUUACUGUUUUCUGUUGCAGAGUACUCCUUUCAAGACACGAUGGGAGCAACCCGGGGUUCAAACACAAGACAGGAAGACAGGUUUGAAAGCAAUGUUGGCUCUGCCACUCUGCAGCGAUGUAACACUGACAAGUGACUUUACCUCUCCGAACUAUGGCUGUAAAGCUCCGACAGUGGUGCCUACUCGAGAAUGCUGGGAGGGCUCCUCGAACUAAGGAAAACGAUAAUCGCGACAUCAAGCACAAUUUGGGCAAGUUCAGAUGGUGCUGGCCAGGGCGAGGGCCAUCAGGACAGAAAACCAGGUAGCUAGGGGUCACACCUUUCUUAUGCACCAGUCCAGGUUCCCGCAUGACCAGACAGGUGGCCGGCACCACGCCCAUGGGCCUCCCGGUCGCAGCCGGACGUUCCGGGGCUCAGCUCGAGGCCUCAGCCACCCUCUCGUCCUCCGGACCGACCCGCGGCCAGAGCGACGUAGGCCUAGCCGGCCCGGAAGGCCACAGACAAAGCGUACGGCCACCAUAGGUGGCCCGCGCGGCCGGACGCGACAGGGACACCGGGCCAGAGCGGCUACCGCACGUACCCGGGAACCUCGCGCCUCCCGGACGCUCCUAGACGAUCCCGCCUCUGUCCGAACACGACCGCAAGUAGGCCGGUCAGCCGCCGCCGCCGUCGCCGCGCGCUCCCCGACCCGGAAGUGCACCCAUACUCUUCCGGAACUUUCUGCCCUGCCCGUUGGUGGAAACUACUAAGGCCAAAACGGGGAGGAACUCGCGGCGGAGGAUGACGAGACGUUAGCGCGUCCCCUUCCUCUCAGAACACCGACUAGCCCAUCACAAGUACUGUCAGAGGAGAGCAGUGUUUUGCUGAGCGUGUGCUGUCCGAGCUCUCACCAGUGCACUAAACCAGGCUGUGGGUCUCACCUCCAUGCAGUUGGUACAGUCCGACUCCCCAUCCGCCGCGAUGAAUGGGAGCGGCCCCGGGACCACGUCUCCGCCCACAACCGUCCCGCCCUCCCGUGAGCGCCUCCUCCUGGUGGCUGGACUUAACUGCAGCCCGCGGCUGGAGGAGCGCUAGAGAAAAGCUUCAGGAUGUCCCCUGGGUCUUCAGGUUCCCUUCCAGUAUGCAGUUAAUCAUGAUGGAUCCUGUAUAUACGAGCUCCUCCGUCCCCUUCAGCCCGGCGAGGAGAGGCACAGUAACUUGUGAACACCGUGAAGAACUUAAUUGUAUGGCACAGAUAAUUAAUAGAAAGAACAGAACUAGAGGUUA